AUGUCUAACACUGCAGCAUCCAAGCCCACCAAGUUUGGACAGAUAGAUGAUUUUGAUGGAAUGCCAGACCAAGCCAGUGGAUGGAUGUUGUCGGUCAAAGCAUAUUUUGACGUAAAUGAUGCCAUGUAUGACUCAGAUAAAAAAAAGGUUUUUGAAGCACUUUCCCACAUGAAAGAAGGAGCAGACCUAGUGUGGAAAGAAACCAAAUUAACGGAAUACACAGGAUUGGGCAAAUACCCAAAAUGGAUGGACUUCAAAACCGAUUUUAACGGGCCAUUUAUUACCACAGACGUAAAAGGCACGACCAACAUGGCCUUCAUGACGAUGAAAAUGGAAACAGGAGAAACAGCAGUAAAGUUCAACUCCCACUUUAUGGUAGAAGCAGGAAAGAGCGGCUUAAGUGACGAAGGACUAAUCAUGAUGAGCACUGUCACUGGCCUAGAUGCUAACUGGACAAACUCGAACAGUAUCAGCAAAGGAAAGUGGGGAAAGAAGGGAGAGAAGAAGAAAGAGGAAAAAGGUGGAAGAAGCCAGUCGUCCUCGGCAAAAUGUUUAACCAAAGACAAAGAAGAUUCUCUCAAACAAGAAGGGCAAUGCUUCAUAUGCAAAGAACAAGGACAUAUUUUACAGUUCUGUCCAGAAAAGAAGAAAGGGAAACAACCAGACCGGAGAAUUUGA